AUGGAAUGGCAAGGAAGUCGCGUCAACAGGCGCGUGGUCUGGCGGAAUGCGCGUGUAGGGGGGGCGGAAGGUCAACCGGAAUCGGGGGGCGGAAGCGGCGGAACGGUCGGGCCAGAGGGGAAAGUGAGGGGGAACAAGAAGGAGAGUAUGGCGAGGGAGGAAGUGGCAUGGAAUGAAAAGAAAUGGGAGAGGGAGAAAGCCUGGAGAAGCAACGAGCGCAAAUCAGUAUCUCGCGCGCAGAUGGAGCGGCGAGAGUUGCUGCUUUUCGACGGGUCGCGCAUGCUUCCGAAGAAGCGCGGCGCGUGCAUGUACUACUACAAGACGGGGCGGUUCACUCUUAAGUACAUCAACCCGCGCAAGUACGUGGCUGAGGGCGCGUGCCCUCGACGUGUGCGCGCCGGCAACCAGCUAGCGGACGAGCUUAACGUGUCCCCGUCCCCAAGAUCGAAUCCCUCUUUUCGUUCUCAUGAUACUUCUGUAUCCUCUUUCUUGCUCAAUCGCUCGCUCACGCACUCACUAACUCACUCACUCACUCUCUCCCUCCCUCCCUCCCUCCCUCCCUCCCUCCCUCCCUCCCUCCCUCCCUCCCUCCCUCCCUCCCUCCCUCCCUCCCUCCCUCCCUCCCUCCCUCCCUCCCUCCCUCCCUCCCUCCAUCCCUCCCUCCCUCCCUCCAUCCCUCCCUCCCUCCCUCCAUCCCUCCCUCCCUCCCUCCCUCCCUCCCUCCCUCCCUCCCUCCCUCCCUCCCUCCCUCCCUCCCUCCCUCCCUCCCCCACCCUCUCACCCUCUCACCCUCUCUCACUCUCUCUCACCCUCUCACCCUCUCUCACCCUCUCACCCUCUCUCACCCUCUCACCCUCUCUCACCCUCUCACCCUCUCUCUCUCUCUCUCUCUCUCUCUCUCUCACCCUCUCUCUCUCUCACCCUCUCUCUCUCUCACCCUCUCUCUCUCUCUCACCCUCUCUCUCUCUCUCUCUCUCACCCUCUCUCUCUCUCACCCUCUCUCUCUCUCUCACCCUCUCUCUCUCUCUCACUCUCUCUCUCUCUCUCACCCUCUCUCUCUCUCACCCUCUCUCUCUCUCUCACCAUCUCUCUCUCUCACCCUCUCUCUCUCUCUCACCCUCUCUCUCUCUCACCCUCUCUCUCUCUCACCCUCUCUCUCUCUCACCCUCUCUCUCUCUCUCACCAUCUGUCUCUCUCACUCUCUCUUUCGCAUCCCAUCCCUCUCUCUCUCACUCUCUCUUUCGCAUCCCAUCCCUCUCUCUCUCACUCUCUCUUUCGCAUCCCAUCCCUCUCUCUCUCACUCUCUCUUUCGCAUCCCAUCCCUCUCUCUCUCACUCUCUCUUUCGCAUCCCAUCCCUCUCUCUCUCACUCUCUCUUUCGCAUCCCAUCCCUCUCUCUCUCACUCUCUCUUUCGCAUCCCAUCCCUCUCUCUCUCACUCUCUCUUUCGCAUCCCAUCCCUCUCUCUCUCACUCUCUCUUUCGCAUCCCAUCCCUCUCUCUCUCUCACUCUCUUUCGCAUCCCAUCCCUCUCUCUCUCACUCUCUCUUUCGCAUCCCAUCCCUCUCUCUCUCACUCUCUCUUUCGCAUCCCAUCCCUCUCCCUGUUACCGCACCGUCCAACCCAGGCGGAUGCGACGACGGCGACCGCUGUCGCAAAAGUCGCUGCGUGUGGUACGGCAAUCGCAUCGCCUCCCCCGCCGCCUGCUUCCCCUUCCCCUCCUGCUUCUUCGCCCCCGCGCACUGCUCCCGCUCUCCGCGCGUUCUCUGCGCGAAGAAGCGCCCUGUGAACGUCUUCCACGUCGUUGACGAUUUCGGAGCGGCGGGUAACGGGAUUGUGAACGACGCGCGUCCGAUCACGGCUGCGUUUGAGGCGGCUUGUCGUUACGCGGCUGAUGCUGCCGUCCCUGCUGCUGAAAAGAACAAGGCUGGGAGACACGCGAUAGUGGUGAUCCCGAAAGGGAAAGUCUUUAAGUUUGGGAGCCCGAUGGUGUGGCAAGGCCCGUGCGGGGCGGGGAAUAUAACGAUCCGGCUGAGCGGAAAGCUCGUCUUCCCGCUGAGUCCGCUAGCGUUUCGCGGGGUCCCUGACUUUAUUCUGCUUCUGGACCGGAUCCAACGGCUGAGGAUCAUGGGGAGAGGCUCGAUCAACGGCAUGGGUUUUGUGUGGUGGGACCUAUUCAACAAGAAGCAGCUAAAGUGGAAUCAGAAGAUCAGGCCUGGAAUGCUGUUCCUGCACCGGUGUACCGACGUGCAGAUUAAUGGAAUCACACUUAGAAAUCCCCCGAUGCAGCACCUGCACCUGUACCGCUGUAGCAACGUGCGAAUCUCUGGGGUUAAAACGCGUACGCCAGCAGACAGCCCGAACACUGACAGCAUUGGCAUCGGCAUGUCCACAAACGUCACUGUAGAGCACUGUGACGACAAUGUGGCGAUCACGGGCGGCAGCAGCAACAUACUGCUGAGGAACCUAGUGUGCACUGCUGGGCAUGGCAUCAGCAUCGGCAGUCUGGGCUCGGGCGGCAGUAUGGCGUGUGUGUCGGACAUCCGGGUGCAGAACGUGCAGCUAGCAGCGCUCUCCAACGGGCUGCGCAUCAAAACCUACCAGGGCGGCCAGGGCGCCGUCUGGAACAUCCACUACGAAAACGUCACCAUGCAGGAUGUUACCAAUGCAAUCAUAAUCGACCAGAACUAUUGCGAUCGGAACAAUGUGGGACCUGAGGGCUGCACGAGCAGCAGCGGCAACGCAAUAGCCAUCUUCAACGUCUCCUAUCAAACGUAUAUGGGAGCAGUGUUAGGGUGGCAAGUCCGAGGAUUAUGGGUGGUGUCGGGUGGAGCACAACCAGCAUUGCUGCUUCCAAGACGAAUAACAUUGCUGCUCAGGCAACCAAAUGCGGAGUGA